AUGAUGGUACUCUUGACGAAUGUGAAAGCUUUGAGGGGGAACCAGGCGAUAGAAAGGAGUGACCCUGAGGGUUUCGACUCCUCGACCCUCUACGAAGAAAAGAUCUCACUAGAGAAGAGGGUAUUGGAGUAUCAUGGGAAAAGAGCUCUGGUUAGAGCAUCUCUGACUACUCCUAGUAACAAGCUGGAGUGCUUUCUUAGAAAGAUCGGGGCGUCCUCAGAGGUUGGUGGUUCAAAUGUCAGUCCUGAUGAAUUUAGGUUUUGGGAGUCUUCUUUCUAUGGUCUCCGCUUCAUGUAUGACCAUCUGAAGGUGGAUGGCGAUAUUAGGAAGGCUUUGUUUGAGACUUCCAAUUCUUUGGAGCAAGGUGAGGAGUCGCUGAAGACCCAGAUAAUCAAGGAUGGCCAGUUGUUGUUGGAGGAGAACCCAGAAGGGACCCCAACUAUAGAGGUGGACUUGGAUCAGAAUCCUCUUUAUGAUGAAACUGAUGACCAGCCUUCUCGGGGCUGUGAAGAUGGACCUUAUCCAAAUGGAAGAAUUGUUCAAGGCACGCUUGAAUAG